AUGGAUGAUCUAUCCUACUUCAACCGAACGUACAUGAGCCACUUAAAUCAGCUGUACAAAAUUUGGUCCGAUGGUUAUACAACUGAGGAAUUCUUCAAUCUCAUACAGGAAAAGUACGGGUACGCCUGCGAUGAGUUAUUUCGCGAAUGUCAAUUGGCUGGAAAAAUCAUGAAUUGCUGUAGUGAUUUAUUUGAGCGGCAAGUGGUUAUGAGGAGAGGAAUUUGCUUUCAGACAAGAAAAUUUGUCAAUCAGACGGAAGCGGACGACAUCGGAAGAAUAAUAUUGAGCCUGAAGGCGCCUCCAAGCAUUACUAAUCCAUACUACAAUUUUACCCAACCUCAAAUCAUUGUUUACAUAACGGACAAUUUCAAUCACGUUGUUGAUUUUCCGCGAUUCUAUCUGUACCCACAUGAAUGGAAUCGCAUGCGGUUUACUGCGAGAUACAUAGCCCUCAUCGAAAGCGAGGAUGUCUGCACUCAAAGGCCUCAAAUCAUUGUUUACAUAACGGACAAUUUCAAUCACGUUGUUGAUUUUCCGCGAUUCUAUCUGUACCCACAUGAAUGGAAUCGCAUGCGGUUUACUGCGAGAUACAUAGCCCUCAUCGAAAGCGAGGAUGUCUGCACUCAAAGGAUAUUCGGCAAGGAUGCGGAAUGCGUGAUUCGAAAGUGGCUGCUAUCAAAUAUCGUAUAUCCUUUCAACUGCACAUUAUCCUACUUAACAGAUAUUGGAGGUCUUCCUCCAACAACGGGUGUUUGUAAACCGGAAGUGAUUGCCGAAAACUACUAUAAUAAUAUUCAACUGGUAUGGAACAGUGCGAGUGUCAACGAAGAGGUCAGUUCUAGCAGCCAUGUUACUGAUCCCCGCGGUAACCAAGUGCACCUCCAAUUUUUCCAAGCAUUGUUUCAUGCAGCUGUAUCU